AUGAGUUCUUCAGCCGCAUUAUCUACUGUCGCGGCGUCGAGGUCUGGCGUUGCCCGCCCGGCCCUGUUCCAAUUAGUGUCCUCUCAUACCACCCAAAAUCGAAAUAUAUGCCGCGCUGCUCGCAACACUCAUGGUCCACGCGAUAAAUCAGAACGUUCCCGGCCUUGUGACAAGUUUCAUCGUGAACCUCUCGCCAGCACGCGCUCGGGCUUCUCGGGCAUCUCCGCUGGCGGAAAAUGUUUCUGGGAAGCGGAACGGGAACAGAUGCUGGAGCGAAUGUCACAUCUGAAAAGUCAGUUUUCUGAACGCCCGUUUGAUGCCCUUUUUGGGCACCAAGUAGAUUUCUUCAGACGGAUGGACGAGCUUCGACCAGGCUCACUGUGGUCGUACAUCAAUUCUGAGCACCAUAUGCCCAACCCUAAUGUUGAUUCCAAGGCACAUCUCCAAGACUUCAACUUCACCCAAUCUCCAGAUAUGAGUCCAGAAAAUCUCCGAUAUGACCCGAUUAGUGGUCGUAUGGUGCCAAAGGAACCACAACCUACUAUGGAUUACAUCCCUGGAAGUGAGUUGGAGGCGAAUUUUGCUGCUAACCCAUCUAUGGUCGAUAAGCAUCAAUUCCAGCCAGGCGCUGCCCCUGAAAAGGCCACUCCUAAAGAGCCUCUCAAUUCUCAGACGAUCGACUGCCCUCCUGGAAGUGAACUUAGCGCUCUUUUCACCUCCAUUCCGACCAGCUACCAGAACAUCCGACUCAAGGCUGAGGGUUUUCAAGAGUCUGCUCACAAGCCCAACAUCAACAUUGAUUGUCGUCCUGGUCACGAGUUAGAGGCAUUGUUAACAUCUGAAUUCAUUCAUUCUGGCCAGGCCCAAGCUGAGAUUUUCAAACCUUCAAGACAUAUGAAGAAGCUAUCUGUGGAUGCUGGUGUGAUGUCUGGGGAAAACGUUGAAUGUGCUCCCGGUAGUGAGUUGGAGGCCCUGUUCGCCUCUAACCCUACCUUUGAUAUGGAUCAAGCUCAUAUAUCCACUGGUCAUGAGACGUAUCCUGAACCCACAAAUACCUUGGUUGACUGCCCCCCGGGGAAUGAGCUGGACGCAGCGUUUGCUUCUAUGUCUUCCUCCAGAGCAGCUGAAGACAAAACUGAAGCAAUAGUCGACUGCCCACCGGGCAGUGAGCUGGAAGCGAAGUGCAUCACAGAGCCGGACUUGACUGAAGAUGGACAUUUCCAACCCUCUUCAGUCGCUGAUGAUCUCUCUACACACCAGGCCAACAUCACCCAUGAUAGCCAGCCUGGUAAUGAGCUAGAAGCCAUGUUGAUCUCCAAAGCGGCUGGUGGCAGCCCUGUCUUAAGUGAGGAUCUGAGCUUUUUGCAAGCCAGCGAUAUCCGGGCCCGUUAUGCUUCAUUGGAUGCAGAUGUUGAUGCCCAGUCCUCCUUGUCCAAGGAUGUUGAGUUUUCUGGCACUGAAGACCGUAUCGGUGACCACAUCCAGCAAGCUACAAAUAGCUUUAUCCCUGAAGCUCAGGAGUCCUCUGCUGCUGUCUACCGCAUUCUGACUUAUGACUCCUCCGCGUCGGAAGUAGCCACAGCCGAGUCUGAUAUGUUCUUCGGUGUGCAAGAGUCCUGUCCUCUGGUCGAUGUCCUCUCUCGCCUUCAAAACCCUGGAAAGUUUGUUCCAUACUUCGAACAGAUGCAGCGUGAUGGUUAUGAGAUUGUCACCGGUGGGGGUGAUAUCCUGGUCUUCAGAAAAGCAGACGACGUCACGUUGCAAAUGGACACUGCGCAAUUCCUCCGGCAUGACUCUUAUCCGACUGAAACUUCCGAUAGCUCCUCGAGCCCGUCUUUCACCAACCAGCCACCCUCAGCCUCUAGAUCAAGCGGUAUGGAGGAGCCCAUAUCUUCUUACUCAGAGUCAACUUUCCAUAAGUUCUUCCGCAGAAUGAUUUUGACUGGUACGGCCACAGCAGCUUCAUGCUAUGCAAUCGGAGUGGUUGUUGAGUACUUCCGUACUGGUGGGAAAGAUGGUCACGGCAUUGAUGGGUUUACUUCCUUCGAGUCAGAGCGGCGUCAUCGGGACUAA